ACCACGAGAUCGCCAACAAAUAUAUCUUGUUUCAUCUGUCAACAGACUUAUGGUUUUCGGCUUACGGAAUCGAUAUCUUCUUCAAAUCGAUAUCUUCUUGUAGUGGUGAUCAUAGUCAAUAGCGACUCGACGCAAUCUACAAGUGCACCAGCUUUUGAUUCCGCGGGAGGGCAAAAUUUAUGAUAUAAUUCGGCAGAAUAAUCCAAAGGCUAAGAAUUUCUUCUUAAAUUUCAAAAACAAGAUGCAGAAUGCAAUUUCGGUGAUUGACUUAAUGUGCAGCUGAUAGGUCGGUUGACUGCAGGAAUUAAUAUUACAGAUCUUAAAAGAGAGCUGCUAAAAAUGCCACACUGUUCUUUUCAAGAUGCUAGAUUUCCAUGUAUCAGCUGUGGAGCAGUGAGUGUGCCUAAUAUUCAGUCGGGAAAAAUUUCUAACACUUUGCUCAAUCGCUAUAAUGUAAUACACUCUCAGUAUCGUUCGAUCUCGCAUUUAUUUAAUACCUGUUAUCGUGUAAAUAUGAAAGGUGACUCAACAAGGAAUUGUAAUGCAAAUCACAAAGGUGAGAACAAGCUUGGUAAAUGUAUAUCCUGUGGCGAAUUUCAUUCGCGUACUUCAGACGCAUGUCGUAACGCUAAAUGUUUCAAAUGUGGUAAAAUUAAACACAUUAAGUCAGUAUUUAAAAUUGAAGUUCAUUUCGCUACAAGCAAUGCUAAGUCUUGUAAUUUAAACAUCAUUGACUCGGGUGUUACUAAUGAUUACAUACACUUAUCUGCCAUUUGUAAACGAUUAUAUGUCUCCCUUGGUUCAUUCCAUGACUAUUUUCUUAAUACAAGAAGUAUACAGCCCAUUAUUUCAUUCAAGAACUAGAUACCUUUAGAUUUCGAAGCUGUGCUACGAAACACCGAAGUUUCAACAUUGGAGAUUACUUACUUAUUUACUUACGCCUGUUACUCCCA